UUAUCAGCGACGGUCCCUCCACUAUCUACCGUAUCUCCACAAGGAAGGAGUGGUGGGGAGGGGGACACGGCUUUAAAUCUGGACUAACUGCUUUAAAGGACUAAAACUUCUAUUUCUUAUUUUUGCUUUUGGAGUUUGUGGUGCAGAACUUUCCUCAUAAUCAUCCUUCCUUCUUCUAAACCUUUUUCAAGGGUGAUAUUUGGACUCCUCCAGGACUUUUUAAAAUCACCUCACUGGCCUUAUCUGGAUGCAGGGGUUCCUUGUGGACUCGCCAAAAAACUGCAUUUUAAUAAUAACGAUCAGAGGAAAAUGUAUCAAAGCCUCACUUUGUCCUCCAGCCAGUCCCCUUACACGCACGACACCGGGAGUUACAUGCACCCUUCGGCCAACUCCGCCGUCUACGUCCCCACGACGAGAGUCCCGGCCAUGCUGCCAACCCUCCCCUACUUGCAGACCUGCGACUCGCCUCUCCAGUCCCACAGCCUCGGUGCUCAUCACCACCACCACCAUCACCACCACCACAGCUGGUCCCAGAAUGCCUGCACCGACGCCCCGUCGUUCACCACACCCGCCAGCCCUCACCCUCCACACGGCUUCUCCUACUCGCACAGCCCGCCGCCGCCGCCGCCUCCUCCGCCACCGACUCUCAGCACCAACGCGGGCCGGGAUACAGCUUACCAGAGCCCACUUAUGCUCGGCAACAGCGCCCGGGCCGCGGAGCAGCUCGGUGGUGCCCUUGUGCGCUCGGUGGCCGGUGGGUCUUACACCGCGCCGUACGCCUACAUGAGCCCGGAGAUGGCGACCUCCUCCUGGACGCCGGGACCAUUCGAGAGCGGGGUGAUGAGCCUGCAAGGCCGCCAAGGAGGCAUGUCUGCACGGCGUUCCAGUCUCGACCUGGUGGAGGACAUGCCCACCGAGGGUAGGGAGUGUGUCAACUGCGGCUCCAUCUCUACACCGCUGUGGCGCAGAGACGGUACGGGACACUACCUGUGCAACGCCUGUGGCCUCUACCACAAGAUGAAUGGCAUCAAUAGGCCGCUCAUCAAACCACAGAAGAGGCUGCAAACCACGUCCCGCAGAGUUGGCCUAUGCUGCACAAACUGUCACACUAGCACCACCACGCUGUGGAGACGCAACGCUGAGGGAGAACCGGUGUGUAACGCCUGUGGUCUCUACAUGAAGCUGCACGGGGUGCCUAGACCUCUGGCCAUGAAGAAAGAGAGUAUACAGACCAGGAAGCGCAAACCUAAGAUGCCUAAGAACAAGUCAGCUUCAGGGCCACCCAUCGCCUCUGACAGCAGCUCGCCAUCGUCUCUCUCCGUGUCAGAGCAUGCCUCCACCAUCAAGAGUGAACCCAGCUUGACCCCUUCACCCUACGCUGGACAGACCGUCACAUCUGCCUCUCAGUCGGCUAGCCAGUUGAACACAACGAUAUCUUCAGCACACGUGGACAUUAAAUACGAGGAUUAUGUUUUUACGCCAACGUCCAUGGCCACACAGACCUCCUGGUGCACUCUUUCCCAAGCAUGAGUCACCAUCAUCCUUACUGCGCCGCCUGAACACACUUCAUGGACACCCAAGUGGGAGGGCAUAUAGCGGACCUGUCACUUAAAGACUUUAUUAAUUGAUGAGGAGUUGGACGCGGGGACGACACAAGCUAACUACCUAUUUUGCAGCAAGCAAAAGCACCAAUGCAAAAAAAAAACAUGCACAUUCAUUCAUUUUAAGCAUCUUUUUGUUGUGUUUUUGUUGAAAAGAACACAAUGAGAACAUGUUACUGUCCCUGCAGAAAAUACCUUUUUUUUGUUGAUGAGCACACCUCAUCGGCAACACGUAGAUGAUUAACUUUUAUGGACGCAUUAUUUAUGUUAAGAUAAGGGCAGUUAAAAGUCGCCGUGAUGUGUUUGUGGGGCGGCCAUGUUGCCGAGUGACCUCCACGCUGAGGUUAUGUGAGCAAUUGUUCAGUUAGAUAUGGCGGUUGUAAAUUGGAAUGGCCGAUUUUCAGUUGACGCUUGCUGUGUGAAAGUGCAAUGGCUAAUUUUGUUGCUUUUUUUUUAUUCAGAGUGAAAUAAUUAUAAUUGUCUUCUAAUUUUAUUGUCUAUAUUUUGUUAAUAAUAGUUGGUCAUUAUUUUUAAAGGAAAAAAAAGACUAUUUUCUUUUUCUUUGGAAUCUGAUUUACUAUCUAUUAUUCAUUUGAUGGAUGAGAAAUGGAUGAAUGUAAU